CGUGCUGGUGCUGGUGUGUGCUAGCUUACCAGUCCUCGUCAGCUUGCCUCUUCCCCAUUUCCAAACAGGAAACGGGAAGGAAGGUGGAGAAGGCUUUUGCAAGAUUUGAAGCAGAAGAGAGCGAAGCCCAUGGCCAUUUCCUACCACGCUAAGCAACCUUAGCUGCUUAAGCCACUCGCUGCAACACCCCGGACCCGGAGACGGAGAGAGCGAGCAAGAACGGAACCUGCAGGGGAGGGUUUCUGAGAUAGAGGGAGGGAUGGGAGGGAGGAGGCUGCUUCUUCUUCUUCUUUCCUGGGGAUUCUUGCAGCUCAUCAAUCUUCCUUUCUCUGCGCCGCAGUCCUUCAUCGGCAUCAACUACGGCGACGUGGCCGACAACCUCCCGCCGCCGACGGCCACCGCGCGCCUCCUCCAGUCGACGACCAUCAGCAAGGUGCGCCUCUACGGGACCGACCCCGCCAUGAUCUCCGCCUUCGCCGGCACGGGCAUCUCCCUCCUCCUCGGCGCCGCCAACGGCGACAUCCCCAACCUCGCGUCCUCGCCCGCCGCGGCGGCCGCCUGGGUCGCCGCACACCUACCGUCCACGUCGUCGCCGGCGGUUUCCGCCGUCUCCGUCGGCAAUGAGGUCCUCUUCGCCGACACGUCCCUGGCAUCGCAGCUCGUCCCGGCCCUGCAGAACAUCUACGCCGCGCUGCCGCCCAACUCCAGCGUGAAGGUCUCCACCGUGAACGCCAUGGACGUGCUCGCGAGCUCCGACCCGCCCUCCUCGGGGGUGUUCAAGCCGGAGCUCGCCGCCGCGCUCGACCCGCUCCUGGCGUUCCUGAGCAAGACCGGCUCGCCGUUCCUCAUCAACCCGUACCCCUACUUCGCGUACCAGAGCGACCCGCGGCCGGAGACGCUCGCCUUCUGCCUGUUCCAGCCCAACGCCGGGCGGCCGGACGCCGGCUCCGGGCUCACCUACACCAACAUGUUCGACGCGCAGGUGGACGCCGUCCGCGCCGCGCUCGAUGCCAAGGGGUACAAGGACGUGGAGAUCGUCGUCGCGGAGACCGGGUGGCCGCACAGCGGCGGGACGGACGAGGCGGGCGCCACGGCGGAGAACGCCCGCGCGUUCGUCGCCGGCCUCGUGUCGCACCUCCGGUCGAUGGCGGGCACGCCGCGCGUGCCGGGGGAGUCCGUGGACACGUACCUGUUCGCCAUGUACGACGAGGACCUCAAGCCCGGCAAGCCGUCGGAGAAGUCGUUCGGGCUGUUCCAGACCACCACCCUCGCCGAGAUGUACCCGACGGGGCUGAUGAGGAACGGCACCGCCGGCAUUGGACCGGCCAUGGCGCCAGCGCCAGCUCCGACUCUCCCGGUCAGGCCUUCGCCUGCUCUAGCAAGCCCCCCGCCGGCGACGAUCCCCGGGCAGCAGCCUCAGGUGACUCCAGUGCAGCCAGGCUCGGCGGCGGCGGGGGGCCCUUCCGCCCUGUGCGCGCCGGGGACGGCGACGACGACGUCGAGGGGAGCAGCUGCUGGCUGCAGUAGUCAUAGUGCAGCUGAAUCGUCUAGGACAAUUUCAGUGCUACACAUCCUUGCAUGCGUGUGGUUAAUGUACUUGUUAAUCUGAGCUCCCUCGUGGACAAUCUCAGUCCGUUGGAUGGAUUGAGGCUGUAUUUGUUGAUCAAAUCAUGUUGACCUUGUAAAA